CGCGGGGAGAGCGGCCCGGCCGCGGGCGCUGCCACCGCCGCCGCUGCCAGGACUGAAUUGCAACUGCAGAAGCAACAAGUGACCCUUUUAAGAUGCUUAUGGGGCUGCACAGAAGGAAGAGGGAAACUGGAGAAAAUAAUGAAGUUUAAUAGGGAAAACCUGCUUUCUGCAAGCAAGUGAAAAAGCUGCCCUUAGAAACUAUUUCUUUGCCCCUCAUAGAGUAGCUGGAACUUGUACUGUGAGGCCCUUGAUGGGAUAAGUUCUCACCUGCUGAUCACCCAGUGACCAUCACCAUGGCCAGUAAGAGGAAAUCCACCACCCCAUGCAUGAUCCCAGUGAAGACUGUAGUGCUGCAGGAUGCCAGCGUGGAGGCCCAGCCUGCUGAGGCCUUACCCCAAGGACCCCAGCAGGAUCUGCCCCCAGAAGUGCCUGCCACCAGCAGUGAAGCAGCCCAGAAUUCCAGCAGCACUGAUGGCUCUGCACUGGCCAACGGGCAUCGGAGCACUUUGGAUGGCUAUUUAUAUUCCUGUAAAUACUGUGAUUUCAGAUCCCACGACAUGACCCAGUUUGUGGGACAUAUGAACUCAGAGCACACAGACUUUAAUAAAGACCCAACUUUUGUAUGCGCUGGGUGCAGUUUUCUGGCAAAAACCCCCGAGGGGCUUUCCCUGCACAAUGCCAAGUGUCACUCGGGGGAAGCCAGCUUUGUGUGGAACGUGGCCAAGCCAGACAAUCAUGUGGUCGUGGAGCAGAGCGUCCCCGAGAGCACCAGCACCCCUGACCUAGCAGGUGAGCCCAGUGCCGAAGGGGUCGAUGGACAGGCAGAAAUCAUUAUUACCAAAACUCCAAUCAUGAAGAUAAUGAAAGGCAAAACUGAAGCCAAAAAAAUUCACACGAUCAAGGAGAAUGUCCCCAGCCAGCCUGUGGGUGAAGCCUUACCAAAGCUGUCGGCUGGAGAAACAGAAGUGAAAGAGGGGGACCACUCCUUCAUCAAUGGGGCUAUCCCAGUCAGCCAGGCAUCUACCAGCUCUGCAAAACCCCCGCAUGCUGCCAAUGGGCCCCUGAUUGGAACAGUGCCGGUUCUGCCGGCUGGUAUAGCACAGUUCCUAUCUCUCCAGCAGCAGCCCCCAGUGCACACCCAGCACCAUGCCCACCAGACACUACCCACAUCCAAGGCCCUUCCCAAAGUGAUGGUCCCCCUAAGCAGCAUUCCAGCAUACAAUGCGGCCAUGGACUCCAACAGCUUCCUGAAGAACUCCUUCCACAAGUUCCCCUACCCAACCAAAGCCGAGCUCUGCUAUUUGACUGUGGUGACCAAGUAUCCAGAAGAGCAGCUCAAGAUCUGGUUCACAGCCCAAAGGCUGAAGCAGGGCAUCAGCUGGUCCCCUGAGGAGAUCGAGGAUGCCCGGAAGAAGAUGUUCAACACAGUCAUCCAGUCUGUGCCUCAGCCCACAAUCACGGUUCUAAAUACCCCACUGGUCGCCAGUGCUGGCAACGUCCAGCAUCUCAUCCAGGCUGCUCUCCCAAGUCACGUUGUGGGACAGCCAGAGGGUACCGCAGGGGGUCUUCUGGUCACUCAGCCACUGAUGGCCAAUGGGUUGCAAGCACCAAAUUCAUCUCUCCCCCUCACCGUUACAUCUGUCCCCAAGCAACCAAGCGUGGCACCCAUUAACACUGUGUGUUCAAAUACAACGUCAGCCGUGAAGGUGGUCAAUGCAGCCCAGUCACUCCUCACGGCCUGCCCCAGCAUAACUUCCCAAGCCUUCCUUGAUGCAAGCAUCUAUAAAAAUAAGAAAUCUCAUGAACAGCUGUCAGCUCUGAAAGGGAGCUUCUGUCGGAACCAGUUCCCAGGGCAGAGCGAAGUUGAGCAUCUGACCAAAGUGACUGGCCUCAGUACCAGAGAGGUGCGGAAGUGGUUCAGUGAUCGGAGAUACCACUGCCGGAACUUGAAGGGCUCCAGAGCCAUGAUGCCUGGAGAUCACGGCUCCAUCAUUAUUGACUCUGUGCCAGAGGUGUCCUUCUCCCCAUCGCCCAAGGCCCCCGAGGUAACCUGCAUCCCGGCAGCAGCCACAAUAGCAACCCACCCUUCUGCCAAACGACAAUCUUGGCACCAGACUCCUGACUUCACACCAACCAAAUACAAGGAGAGAGCCCCUGAGCAGCUCAGAGCCCUGGAGAGCAGUUUUGCACAAAACCCUCUUCCUCUUGACGAGGAACUGGACCGCCUGAGAAGUGAAACCAAAAUGACCCGAAGAGAAAUUGAUAGCUGGUUUUCAGAGAGACGGAAAAAAGUGACUGCUGAGGAGACCAAGAAGGCUGAUGAGAAUGUCUGUCAGGAAGAAGAGGAGGCUGCUGAGGACGAGGGUAGAGAAGAGGAUUUGGCCAGUGAGCUGAGGGUCCCUGGUGAAAAUGGCUCCCCAGAAGUGCCUGGCAGUCAUACCUCGGCAGAGCGCAAAGUCAGUCCCAUCAAAAUCAACCUCAAGAACCUGCGGGUCACUGAAGCCAAUGGUAAGAGUGAGAUUCCAGGGCUGGGUACCUGUGAGCCCGAGGACGAUGGGUCAAACAAGCUGGCAGAGCAGCCCCCAGGCAAAGUGAGCUACAAAAAGACGGCCCAGCAGCGGCACUUGCUGCGGCAGCUCUUUGUCCAGACGCAGUGGCCAAGCAACCAGGACUAUGAUGCCAUCAUGGCCCAGACGGGUCUGCCACGGCCAGAGGUGGUGCGCUGGUUCGGAGACAGCAGGUACGCCCUGAAGAACGGCCAGCUCAAGUGGUACGAAGACUAUAAGCGGGGCAACUUCCCUCCAGGGCUGCUGGUCAUCGCCCCUGGCAACCAGGAGCUCCUGCAAGACUAUUAUAUGACACACAAGAUGCUGUAUGAGGAGGACCUGCAGAAUCUCUGCGACAAAACCCAGAUGAGCCCCCAGCAGGUCAAGCAGUGGUUUGCUGAGAAAAUGGAAACAGACUGAAUUUGAUCCGAUUACUGUGAAGGACUGGCCUGUCUGGGAUGCCGCCUGCCACGUGGAAGGGCCAAACCCGACUGCUGCCACAUGCCGUUCCCAUGCCUGGCCACCGGGUACCGAGAGAGCUUCUGGAGGCCUUGAAGACAGCCCAGAGCCUGCUGCCACCCUCGGCCUGCCCACCACCAAGCAAGCAGUGAGAACAGGGUUCUCGUCAGUUCUUCGUCCCACAGUGUAGGACCUUUCCUUUGCCUUCUAGUGGAUAAAAUAGUUCAGAUUUCAUAUUCAUAGACACAGAAUCAAGUUUUUAACAUAUACAUCUGCCUAUAUACGUUAAAUAAAACAUCAGAUUAUAAACACUUUCUUUACAUAGAAACUUCGGUUAGCAAAGCAGUACAUCGUCCUUUACAUCAUCUCUGAAAAUGCCCCGUGUCUGUUCUCUGGGGAUUGCUGGGUCACAGGGCCCCUCACCUUCCACAGAGGGGCAAGAGGUUACAGGCACACUCAGAACUACAUCUGGAACCUCCCCACCAGAUGUCCCCUUUGCAUUCCUAAAAGAAGCAAUACCUUUGAAAUGAUUUCUGCUGCAUUAAGUGGUGACCAGCUGUGUUUCAUGCCAGGCUUGCCUUGCCUUGUGGACUGAUCAUUGCAAAACCCACUGUUACCCUCAGUUCAAAAAACAGACUGGCUAUUGCAUAGGAUAUUUACCACUCUCUUUAGUUGUUAGCAUAAUUCUGCUUUUUCAUGGGAGUUUGAAUCAUGGACCAUAACUUUUUAGUUAUCAGAUCAACUAAAGAAACAUUUGUUGCUAAGCC